GCUGUGCGUGCAGGGGUUUUCAACGCGCGAAAACACACGCGGCGUAUACGCAACGCGGCCAAAUCUGCUGUAGUCGAAAAAAAGACGAAAAUUAACGCGAACUCAAAGAGGAAGCAAAAAGUAACGAAGGAAUAUCUAGAGAGAUUGCAGCCACAAAGCCAUAAAAGCAACAACAACACUCACAGCAGCGACGUGGAGCCCAAGAACGAUAAAUCUUUAACGUGGAUUUCAUGCAUGUAAGCCAGCAAAAGACUCUCAGUCACGAUAUGAUGCAUGAGCCAAAAGCGGGUUUAAUAUGUAAACUCCUUAAAAGCGCUGAGUUUUCAACAGCAGAAGUGCAGCGGCGUUAAUUUGCCCAAUAAAAUGCAGCCAGCUACGAAGAGCAACUAGCGCAGCCAUAAAUAUCAUCAGCCACUCAGAGACGCUGAGCAAUGAAACGAGUUUUCGCCGGGAAAGAGACAAAGGAAAAACCAAGGGGGAAAAUCAACAGGGAAAGCUCAGCGGGUGGCGCGCCGCAUUUAGAGGCAGUCAAACUGGCAGCCAUCGGGCACAGUCCUUCCUGAGAUCCUGGGAUUCUAAGUCUCUGGCUCCUGCUACCCGACAUCCUGCCACCUUCCCCUUGAGCCGUGCACUUCCGCUUCUUAUCGCGGCGAUGUAAACGCGUUUCCGUUUAGGACUCAAUCCCAGGCUCAUUUCUCCGCAUCGGGAACGGCAUUUAACUAGCAGCUCGGCGCUGGAUUACAAGUAAAUUGGAAAGGAUUUGAAGAUGAGCCUGCUGCGCCUGCUUGGUGCCCUGCUGCUGGCCACAUUCAAUGGAAUGGCGCCCGUGCCCGCGGAGGGAUUGCACCUGUCCAACCUCUCCGUUCCGCGCAUUAUCGACGUGGCCCAGAAGGCGAAGCUCUUCUGCAGCUACGCGAUGGGCAAUCGGACCCUGAACUCCGUCAAAUGGUACAAGGAUGGCCUCGAGUUUUUCAGAUACUCGCCACUAACGCCGCCGACAACAAAUUGGUUUCCCGUUAAAGGUGUCACCAUCGCCGACGGUUCGCCGCAUUGCAAUCAAUUCAUCUGCAACGUGGAGCUGGAGAAGCUCAGCGCCCACUCUUCGGGGCAAUACAGGUGCGAGGUGUCCGGCGAUGCGCCCGAGUUCAAGCUGAUCGAUCAGACGGCCAAUAUGACAGUCGGAGUGCUACCCAAAUUUGAUCCCUAUAUAUCGGGCGUGCGGCAUGCCUACAAAUAUCACGACUAUCUGGUGGCCAACUGCAGUUCAGAGAUGUCCAGUCCGAUGGCCAAAUUGAUGUGGUACAUAAACAACAAAACGGCACCUGGGCACAGUUUGCAGCCGCAAAUCAACGAAGUCACACGCAGCGUGGAAGGCUUUCACCUGUUCGCCAGCCACCUGCAGUUGCGCCUCCACCUGGACGACCAGCGGUUCAUCAGCAAGAGCGAGAUGCUGGAGCUCCGGUGCACGGCGGACAUCAUGGGACUGGCGGCGGUGAAGAGGGAGAGCCGGGUGCGGACCACCAUCCUGGCGCUCAAGGACGCCGGAACCAAGCAGCGACUCACCGAGAACGGAUCCUGUAUAACCGGCCAACCAGCCUCUUUGGCCGCCUGGCUUCUGAGCCUUGUCCACAUUCUGCGCUGGCACUCCCAGAGUUAGUGGCUAGCAUUGACGGGAGCUCUAUUUGUAGCCUAAGUUUUCAGGAUUUGUCUCAAGGAGCACACACUCUAAACUAGAUAAAAAAAAUGAGACGGAAACGGGCGCCAAAUAAAUUGGGUGAUUCGCACCAUUUCGAGCCAAGUGAAAAGUUAACAAGCCAAGGCAGCAACAGUUGAAUUUGUAUAUAGUCGAAAUCGAAUUAGUCUAGGUCCGAGCAGGAAGCCCAGCCAUUUCCUACAUAAGUGUAAUGCAACAUUUAUUUAUGUGUGAACAAGCAGCCAUCGGAAAUGCGAAGCCGAGAAAAUCAACACAGGAUGAAAACUAUGAAACUUAAAUUAAUAUAUAGGUAUCUAAACGUAAAAUUUGCUACCAAAUACGAAUAUAUGUCAGAAUAAUUUCAAUAGAGAAGGUAAAUUCGAAUAUCAACAAAUUUACACAUGAAUAUUUGAGCACAGAAAAAGGAACACACACAAUCAAUGGCAAGUAAACUUAAUUAUUGUAUGUGAAUUGUUAAUUGUAUUAAAAGAUGUAUGGGAAAUAAAUAAAUACAAACAAAAAAGACUAA